CGCCCGCGCCGGUCCGGCCGGAAUUCCGGGCCAGCCAGCGCGUCGUGUCCGGGAUUUCUGGCGGCCCGGGAUCCCGAGUCAGCGCCUAGCUGUGGACGAGCUGGAACCAGAGUCGGCGCGAUGAAGGCACUGAUCUUGGUGGGUGGCUAUGGGACGCGGCUGAGGCCACUGACGCUGAGCAUCCCGAAGCCACUGGUGGACUUCUGCAAUAAGCCCAUAUUGUUGCACCAAGUGGAGGCGCUUGCGGCGGCAGGCGUGGACCACGUGAUCCUGGCUGUGAGCUACAUGUCACAGAUGUUGGAGAAGGAAAUGAAGGCCCAGGAACAGAGGCUGGGAAUCCGAAUCUCCAUGUCCCAUGAAGAGGAGCCUCUCGGGACAGCUGGGCCCCUGGCACUGGCCCGAGACCUGCUCUCUGAGACUGCAGACCCUUUCUUCGUCCUCAACAGUGACGUGAUCUGUGAUUUCCCCUUCCAAGCCAUGGUGCAAUUCCAUCGGCAUCACGGUCAGGAGGGCUCCAUCCUGGUAACCAAGGUGGAGGAGCCUUCCAAGUAUGGUGUGGUGGUAUGUGAGGCUGACACAGGCCGCAUUCACCGUUUUGUGGAGAAGCCACAGGUCUUUGUGUCUAAUAAGAUCAACGCAGGCAUAUACAUCCUGAGUCCUGCCGUGCUGCGGCGCAUCCAGCUGCAGCCUACGUCCAUUGAGAAGGAGAUAUUCCCUGUUAUGGCCAAGGAGGGGCAGCUAUAUGCCAUGGAGCUACAGGGCUUCUGGAUGGACAUUGGACAGCCCAAGGAUUUCCUCACUGGAAUGUGUCUCUUCCUACAGUCACUGAGACAGAAGCAGCCAGAGCGGUUAUGUUCAGGCCCUGGCAUUGUGGGCAAUGUGCUUGUGGACCCAAGUGCCCGUAUUGGUCAGAACUGUAGCAUUGGCCCCAAUGUAAGCCUGGGUCCUGGUGUGGUGAUAGAGGAUGGUGUGUGCAUCCGGCGGUGCACAGUACUGAGAGAUGCGCACAUCCGUUCCCACUCCUGGCUUGAGUCAUGUAUUGUGGGCUGGCGCUGCCGUGUGGGCCAGUGGGUAAGCCUGUGGGCUGGGCCAGGUGGGGACUGGGCAACUAAUAAUAUGUGUCUCAACAGUGAGGCCUGCCUACGUUUUCUGCAGGUGCGCAUGGAGAAUGUAACGGUGCUAGGCGAGGAUGUCAUAGUUAACGAUGAACUCUACCUCAACGGAGCCAGUGUGCUGCCUCACAAAUCUAUUGGUGAAUCAGUGCCAGAGCCUCGCAUCAUCAUGUGAGGGGUUACACAGGGCUGGCCGAGCCCUAUUUCUCCGGAAAUCAGCAGGCCCUGGACUUGGUGCUGUUUGUCUGCGGAGGACUGGAUGAAGCAGAGGCUGUUGAGCACGUCUCAUGGGGACAUGAACUGACAGGAUCCCUGCUGGGCACACCCUACAAACCCUAUUUCCUCAGAAAGGGCCGGGGCCAGGACCAUUUGGAAUAAUAAUUUAAUGAUUACUGUA